AUGUCGUUGCCUGUGCGCUCUAGAUCUCCCUCCUGUGCGCAGACUACUUCACACCACGUUGAAUCAACAACCGUGUUAUCUGCAGUGGACGCGAUUGAUCAACCACACCAAAUCAACCAUUCUCCUCCCAAGACCCCAGAAAAUACAGCAAACAUGUCCGAGACCAAAAUCACCCCACCCAUCUCAUCUUUACAAUGCUCCUCUUCGAGGCCUACUUCACCUACCAGCUCAACUGUGCCUGUCCAGGAAUCAAACACUGCCACUAUGCAAAGCGACGAAGAUUCGGCCGACAUAACUGUAGCCAAGCCUUCAACUCAGAUACAGCACGCGCAAGCGCCUCAGUUGGACUCAAUGAUCGCUCCAACCUCAAAUGUGGAGGCCGAUCACACAACGCAAAGCUCAAAGAGGUCCCGUGAAGAAGAUAGUUCCUCUUCCGCCUUCGGGACACCGCCUCCAAAGCGCGCCUCCAAAGCAAAGGCAACAGCAAACGCCAAAAAGGCUACAAAAAAGACAGCACCUCCGAAGAAGGCUGCUCCUAAGAAGUCCACACCCCAGAAAGCCGCUACGCCCGCACCAUCAAGGUCACAGCCGCCAAGGAACCGCAGAGCUCCUGACCACCUCAAGGACUUUCAAGAGACGACCCCGCCCAAGCCUCUCCCAAACAAGAAGAGCUGCAGCAAAGUUUUUGACCCAGUCUUUAUCACAACCAACUCCAACAGCCGCUUGGUGAAGGCAGACAUCUACCACAUGCUUCUCGAAGGCCCCGCCUGGACAAGCCUCAGCGCGGAGCAGCAAAGCACUCUGAUUUCCAUGCUCCCCCCGGACCCCGCAAACCAAGCCUUGCUAACCAAGAUCAACACUGGCGAGACUGAAGACACACGCCCAUCAGCCUUCACGCUAGCAAACGACUGUUUCCGCACCGACGUCGCCAAGUUCCAGGAAGACCUCAAGAAUGGCCACCUCGCAAAGACAUGGCAGGCCGCUGCCGAGCAAGCAGUCAUUGAGCGCACCGCAGGAGAAUUCGACAAGUGGAAAGCUGACGAAGCAGAGUCUUGGUGGGGGCAGAAAAGCAGUGUACCUACCACGCAGUAG